UGUAAAAGCUUUAAAACAAGCGAGAUGUCUGCUGUAAAAAAUAUCGUAUUUGCUCUACUGCUUACAAAUUUGUGCAGUCAGUAUUGUAUUUGCGCUGAUCAUUCGAAUGGAAAACAAAAUGUUAGAAUCAUUCGACGUGAUCCGAAGAAGGGAAUCACUAGUGAAGCGAUUGACAUUUUUACUACAAAGAAAGGAUUACAAUUAUUAUUGCCAGUUAAUACUAGUAUGAAACAUUUAACGGAAGCUUUUUUAUCUGAAAUGGCAGAAUAUAUACAAAACCCACCACCAAAAAGGAGUGGAAUUAUCAAAUUGAAUGAAAUGGAAAUUCUUUACAAUUCAUUGAUAUCUGGCAAUCCAGGACUUGAAGCUUUGUUGGCUGGAUUAAAAGAAAUAGCAAAAAAUCCAGAAAAGAUCAAAAAUGAAGAAAUAGAUUAUUACUUCCAAGUUAUGGAACGUGUUCUCAAUGGCAUUGGACAAAUAGAGACUCAUAAAAGACGAUUCAUUAAAUGAUCCAAUUAUUGUUCCAUCAAAUUGUUGCGUAUACAAAGACAAUUUCUCAAACAGCACAUGAAUUAACUAACUAAUAAUUUAUAUACAUAUUAACAUGGUGCAAAAUGAAAUAAAAAUUUGUGCAUUUAUAAUAUUAUCGAAUUAUCGAUGCAAAAAAUUUGUAUUCGAGAAUAACUAACCAACAUUAUCUAUCGUUCUAUUAGGCACGUAGAAGCUAUUUCAUUUUAGUCAAUCAAUAACCAUUCGUUUCAAUAUAUACAACUCUUGGUCAUUAUUUCAACUCACGUACAAUGUUUACUGUGGAGAAAAUUGUGUUUAUUUUACUUCUUAUAACCUUUUGGAGUAAUAAUUGCAGUAGUUGCAGGCAGGACUUUAGUAGGAUUUUAGAAAAUAUGAAGUCAAUUUUGAAUAAAAUUCCGGCCAAAAAUUCAACGAACAAAACAACUGAAGAUAAGAAACCAGAAUAUUACGUAGAGUUUCCACCUGAAGAAGGUGAAAUAAAUCCAGAAAGAAAGCAAUUGGAUGAAUUUGAGAGACGUUAUAGAUCUUUAAUAUCUGCGAAUCCUAGAUAUGAGGCUUUGUUAUCAGAAGUAAGAGACUACAUGCGAAAGCCACUUCCACAAUGCAUGGGUGGCAAUAUUGAUCAAUCAUGUCAAACGUUUCAUCCACGUCAAGCACACUCAGCACAACAACAAACUUAUAUGAAUUACAACAGUCGAAUUGAAGAUUUAGACAACAAAAUUAAAGCUAUUCAGAAUUUGCUGAAAAGAAAAUAGCUACAAAUAUUUAUCCACUGAAAUAAAAAUGAGUUUUUCUGUUCUAGCAUUGACGUAAGAGACAUGAUAAAUUUGAUAAAAAUUCAAUUCUAUUGUCACAAAGUCUCAAUUAUUAUUCAGCACAUCAUAUAUUUACAUUUUGUUUUCAUGACGAUCGACAUUUUUCAAUAAUUAUAAUAAAGAUCUGUUAUGACAAAUUUGAA